AUGCCUCCCAGGCCAGAUUCUGUUCAUAGCACAGCUUCGAGCAGUGACUCACAGGACAGUGAAGAAAAUUAUGUACCAAUGAAUCCAAAUCUAUCUGAUGGUCCAAGUUUAUUUGAAAGCAACAGCCUUGAUGGAGGAAAUAGCCCAAUGGUGAAGCCUAAAGGAGACAAGCAAGUGGAAUAUUUAGAUCUAGAUUUGGACUCUGGCAAAUCAACACCUCCAAGAAAAAAGAAGAGCAGUGGCUCUGGCAGCAGUGCUGCAGAAGAGAAAGUGGAUUACGUUGUAGUUGACAAGGAGAAAACCCUGGCUUUGACGAAUACCAGGAAAGCAUGGACUGAUGAAAGACAGUCAACUGAAUCUGAAACCCCAACCAAGAGUGUCAAAUGA